CUGACAUACCUGAGGGAAAUACCGCAGACAAAAGCAGGACAUUAUGUGCAAGACAGAGAUACGUUCGAUAAUAGAAAGAAAGGAAGAAAAAAUGACUCAAACAGAUUUAAAUCAAGAUAUGAAUAAUAAUAACAUUGAUAAGACUGCUGCGGAAGCAGGAAAUAUUAUAAAGGAAGUUUUAUCAGAAGCAGAGAAAGACAGCCGUUUAAUAAAUGGCAUUCACAGUUGUGCAGUACAUUUACAACACUGUCCAGACAACAUUAUGGCAUGUAUCCUAGCAGACUAUGGACCUCUCCAUGAUGUUACCAUUAACAUAGAACACACUUUGCUGGAGGCAUACUGUAUGGAAAAUGGUAUUAAAGUUCUCAAGAUUGACAGUUCUGAAAAAAUAAAGAAAUUCUUAGGCACUUUUCAGAAAAAUGGGAAAUACACAGAACGGUCUGGAGACUUUACCUGUCUGUUAAUUAAGAAUUCGAAAGUUUUGGACGAUAAAGCUGGAGACACUCUGCUGAAGUUUCACAAGUUAUAUAAAAUUUGGGGCUGGCGUGUUAUUGAAUUUCCAGUUUGAUGUUGAAAGAAACUAGCCAUCUGUGUAAAUUUUUCAUAAAAUUAUCUGCACAAUUGCAGUAUGAUAAUGAACAGUAAAAAAAGAGCUAGUCUUGACUGUACUGUCGGAACAUUUUACUGUCGUUAUCCGACCUUCUCAACAGUUAUUGAUAACGUUGGGUCAAUCUGACUUCAGGACUACGUUCACAUCAAGAACCAGAUCCGUGUUGUACAUAUAUCGAGGGGCAGAUAUGUGUCAUAUGAAGACUACCCGGGAGGAGACAUGAAGAAAGGAAAUGACAUGUUGAAUAUCAUUUGUAUGUUUAUAAAUCAUCAGUUAUGUUUGCAUGUUCAUUGUUAUCCUAGUUAUAGAAAUAAAAGGAAUAUCAGUUGA